UUCGAGUUUUAAUUAAAAAAAAAAUUGACAUUUGACAUUUUAUCUGUCAUUCCGUGAAAACGUCAACGUGUUUUAAAACGAUGUGUGUCGCCUAAGUCGCCCCCGGGAUUGUCUCGAGUCAUGUUUGGACCAGAAUUAGAAACCUAACCUCACUUGCCGAGAGCCCCCACAAAAUGCCACUACCGCAGAACGUGAACGUGAUUUUGGGCGCCGGUGUGUUUGGGAUCGUAUGUGCGGCCACACUUUACGUCGUCGAACGUUUUAAACAAGACCGGAGACGCCAUGCCAUGGCCAAAGACCUCGCCCGUUUGGAUAACGAACUUUCAGUCUUACGACGCGAAUUAGACAACCUUUUAGCAGCGCAACGACAAAAGGGGCUAAAACGGGCUAAAAAGACCAAGAAAUCGGAGAGUUUUGCGUCUUCGACCACGACGGAGGACUACUCAUCGGCGGUGGAUGCGGACAGUUCUGAUUUGGAGUUUUACGACGUGAGCGACGACGAGGGGGCCACGUCCACGGAUUUAACCCAAAUUGAUUCAGUUUUGGAUGAAGGCAAUGUAACCGAACUCGAGACGUGUCUCCAACAGUUGCAAACCUUGCGUCUGGAAGCCCCCGACAACCCCGAAUUGUUGUGGAGAGUUGCCAAAGCCCAUUAUCGCUUGUUUGAGAAGACUGACCAGCAACAGCACCUAUUUGAAGGCGUUGAGGCUUGCAAUGCAGCCCUAGGGCUGCGCCCUGAGCUCGCUAAUGUCCACAAAUGGUUGGCAAUUUUGUUAGGGUCACGAACCAAAUUCCAGCCCCUCAAAGACAAGAUUCUUGACGGUUUGAAAGUCAAACAGCAUGUGGAAGCAGCGUUGCGUUUGAGCCCCCAUGAUUCGGUCCUACACCACAUGCUGGGGCGGUUUUGUUACGAUAUGGCGGCGUUAAAGUGGUAUGAGAGGAAAGUAGCGACUGCCAUUGCUGCAGAUUUGCCCCAAUCGACGUACGAGGAGGCUUUGGGGCACUUUGAGGAGGCUGAGAGGCUAAAUAAGGACGAGUGGAAGAAGAAUUUGUUAUUUAUAGCUAAGUGUAAACUUAAUAUGGGGCUAGUGGAGGAGGGAGUGUGGGUUUUAGAAAAGGCAAAUGAAGUCAAGACUGAUAAUGGGGCCGAUAAUGAAGAUGAUAAGGAAGUCAAAGAAUUGCUUAAAAAACAUGCCCGAUAAUUUUAGGAAUUUUUAAUUUGUGUAGUUGGUAUUGUGCGAUUUUAAUGGGGGGCAAAUGGGGGUUUUAUUGUUUUUUACUACUUUUUAGCAUUCCGAAAUACACUCGUUAUUGGUUUUGUCUAUUUUUGUAGUUUUAAAAGUUAAUUAGAUGUAAAAAACAGUUGAAUAAAAUACAAUGUAGGGAAUUUGGCUAUUGAUAA